CUGACUCAUUUGCAUAAUUUAUAGCUUCGCCGCGAAGAGUACAGUGAGCGGCUAACGUUGAAGCUAACACUCGAAAACAACUAACAACAAAUAAUCGUCUAUGUUAGUGGACACGUCUAAACAUUCAACAGUCUAGUAGUGGACUUCAAAUGGUAGUGGACCUAAGAGACACUGGAACGGCACCCCUGUUUCUAAACCAAAUAUCAGUAACCAGAGAUUUUAGUGAAACAAUGGCAAGUUAGAGGUAUUUAAGUCAGCUGGAAGACGAACAUAAACAAUCAACAAUGGCGGAUGAUGGACAUUGUACUAUCAUGUUGCUCCGACUAUUUUUGUGGUCUCUUUUGUGUUUGGCUGUGUUCCGACCAGAACUCUCGGGGGUUGUGGCCGACUCGGUGGCUCUUGGGGCCGACUCGGCGACUCCUGGGGCCGAGUUGGCAGCUCCGAACGCCGCAAAGACUCUUGUCUGGGGACCCGGACUAGAUCCAAACAUUGUCCUUCCAGCUCGUUUUUUCUUCAUCCAGGCAGUGGACCGCUCAGGAAGAAAUCUAACAACUUCGCCAGGGGAGAAAACCUUUGAGGUAAAGAUCGUGUCUCCGUUGGAGCAUUUCACCAGGAUCUGGAUUCAGGUUCUGGAUCGUCAAGAUGGGUCUUUCCUGGUUCGCUACAGAAUGUACGCAAGCUACACAGACCUUCACGUCCAUGUUCUGCUCAUGGACCAACAUGUGGCCGAGUCUCCGUACAUUCUCAGAGGUCCAGUGUACCACGAGGGCUGUGACUGUCCGCAGCUCGAUGGCUCUGUGUGGUUUUCCCAUAUGCACUGUCCUCACUCCUUUCCCCAGAUAGAGCAGGACAUGUCCCAAUUCGCCAGUGUCGACCCAGAUCGCAACGCUCAGGAGAUUCCGCAACGCUUUGGGCAGCGACAAAGCCUCUGCCACUACACCAUCAAAGAUAACAAGGUCUAUGUUCAAACACUUGGUGAGCAUGUCGGUUUCCGAAUCUUUAUGGAUUCCAUCCUCCUGUCACUUACCAGAAAGGUAAAGUUACCUGACUUGGAGUUUUUUGUUAACCUGGGUGACUGGCCGCUCGAGAAAAGGAAAACCCCUCAGAACAUUCAUCCUAUCUUCUCCUGGUGUGGCUCAAACAACACCAGAGAUAUUGUCAUGCCUACAUAUGAUCUCACUGAGUCUGUUCUUGAGACCAUGGGGAGAGUGAGCCUGGACAUAAUGUCGGUGCAGGCAAAUACAGGACCACCGUGGGCCAAGAAGAACGCCACAGCCUUCUGGAGAGGGCGGGAUAGUCGUCAAGAGCGUCUGGAGCUAGUCAAGCUGUCCAGGGCCCACCCCCACAUGAUUGAUGCUGCCUUCACAAACUUCUUCUUCUUCAAGCACGAUGAGAGCUUAUACGGCCCUCUUGUCAAGCACGUCUCCUUUUUUGACUUCUUCAAGUACAAGUACCAAAUAAACAUUGAUGGCACUGUGGCCGCAUAUCGAUUGCCUUACCUUCUGGCCGGAGACAGCGUGGUGUUGAAGCAGGAUUCCGGCUACUACGAGCAUUUCUACAAUGAGCUCAUACCGUGGGAACACUACAUCCCGGUCAGGGCGGACCUCGGAGAUCUGAUGGAAAAGAUCCAGUGGGCUCAAGACCACGAUAGAGAGGCCAAGAAAAUUGCUCUGGCAGGUCAACAGUUUGUACGCAACCGACUUAUGGGAGACAAAAUAUUUUGUUAUUACUACAAACUUUUCACGGAAUAUGCUAACCGCCAGGUUACUGAACCAAAGAUACGUGAGGGCAUGGAGCUGGUAGAACAUCCCGGUGAUGAACUCUUUCCAUGUUCCUGCCACCGGACACCGGUGAAGGAUGAACUUUGAUGGACUUUCAAGAAGACUGCCAGAUUUUUUUAAACUGUAUUGCCAAAUAUUGAAUGUAUUAUGUUUCAUUUGCACCAUAAUUUCAAUACUGUAAAUAUCAUGACAUCAUCAUUAAAUAUCAUUUUUAAAUAAA